GCUGAGCACAGAGGUGGGUACAGGUACAGUGCUAACUGGCUGGCAGCGACGAGCGUUUCCUUUAUGGUGUUGGCGUAGGCGUGACGCCAUGUUGUGAAAAGUGUCUGGCAAAUAGUGAAAAAUUCACACGGAAAACUGCACUCGAACGUCGCGAAAACAAACAACAAAAGUCAAAUCAAACCAAAUUUAAAACCAAAUUUUCGAGUGAGUGGGAGGCAGUUGCUAGCGAGUCCAAUGGCCAACCGAAUUGUAGGCCCCGGUGGUGCCACCUCGCUGGUCCCACUAACGGCGCUGGUGGUGCUGCUGCUGGCGGUGGUGCAGUGCAUCCAGGCGAGUCCGCAGCGCACCGCCGCCUUUUCGCUGCAGGCGGCCGUGGAUGAGCUGCAUCGGCGGGAGGCGGCCAAGUACCCGCUGAACGCCCCUCCACCACCCUCUCUAGAUGACUGGGAAGAAGAUGGCGAUUUAUUUGGCAAGAAUAGGAAUCGGAAUCGCCAUCGAGUUAAUAAGGCACUUGGCAAGUACUUAGAACGCGACGAGGACAACUACGGUCCGGAUCACAACCUGGGAUUGGGCUUGGGUCUGGGAUUGGGACUGGGAUUGGAGGACGGAGGCGACUUGGGCGCGAACAAUCUGCCGCUGGCCGAUGAGAAGAGAAAGCGCUUCUCUUCUUUUCGGGAACGCGACGAGCAGUUCGAUGGACCCGUUCCCUCGGCUUUCCGUGAGCGUGAGAACCAGCCAUUGAAUGCAGAGCCCGCACACAAUGAGCUGACGGAGCAGUUUCUACGCGAGAUCGAGGAAGCCAGGGAUCGGGAUGCAGUGCGUCAGUGGUGGCGCCACCUGGACCAGGCCAAGAGCCCGCAGGAGCCGGAACCACAGGAUGCCGAACUGUUCGAGCAGAAGAAGCGCAUGCGAGUGCCCCCGUAUUACCUGUUGAUGCAGAAGAAGCGUUCCUAUCCGGUUCUUCCAUGGCUCCCUUAUAAUGGUGACAAGAGGAAGCGCUUCCCGGUGGCCAAGCGGAGCACCACCAGCUCCAAUUCGGACUCCCCUUUGGGCAGAACCGAUGAGCGAGUGGCCCAGGAGCUGAGUGAACUGUUCGGCAAGCCCGGGGAUAGCAAGUCACAUCCCGAGGAGAAACGCAAGCGAUCGGCGGAGGAUCAGUCGAAGGCCACCACCCAUCAACCUGAAUCCGCGCCAGCCACGGCCACCGCACUGGGUGAUAUGCGUCUGGAGAUCAACUUCCAGCGGGUGAAUGUCACCACCAAGGACACGCCCACUCCAGCGCCCCCGGGAACUGGGGAAAUGGUGCAACAUGGCGGACAUGCCGGCCAUCACGGCGGUCAUGUGGUGCCGGGAAUGUCACCCGAGUAUCGACAUAGGAAACGCAGUGAUCACGCGCAUGGCGAGAAUGUCGAGGAUCCGGAGGCGGACGAGCACGACGAGGAGGGCGAGGAGAGCUCCGAUGAGGAUGACCAUGAUGAGUUCGACGAGGAGGACGGUGAGGGUGACCUGGAGGCGGAGGAUGCGGAGGAGCGACGGCGCAAGAAGAAGCGCGCUGCUGCCAGUUUAUCCGGCACAUCCAAGCAUUUGCAUGCCCCCACCGUGGGUCAUCUAAUGCUCCGAGCCAAGAAGUCCAUCGAUUGGUCGCAGUACUUUGGUUUAGAUCGCAAGAAGAAGUCCGCACAGAAAAAUGAGGAACUCAAGAAACGCAGCGAUUCGGACAGCAGCACCAACAAUGAUGACGACAACGAGGAUGAGAGUUCUGAGGCGGAGAAAAGGAAGGUUGAUUUCGAUGUGGAGAAACUGGACAGCAUGGACAGGAAGCUGCAGUCCAUCGAGGACUUCAUCAUCGACGAGACCAUCAAGUACACGGGUGCGCACGAAGGUCUGAACAGCAAGGAGGACAUUCGCAGGAUCAAGGAUCAUGUCCUCUCCCGCUUGGCCACCGCUUACAGUCUGGAGAAGAUGCGUCGUGCCUUAGACAGACUCCGGAAAUCGGUGGAGAACGAAAAUCACCUGAUGCACAAUGCCAUCGAACCGGAAUCGGAGGAGAACGCCUUGGAUUCCAACUACUGGCAGGCCAAGAAGUCGGUGAAGAAGGAGCAGGCAGAGGAUCCUGCAGAGGAUGCAAAGCCGCCCAAGGACAUGGAGAAGAGAAAGCGCAGUGGUUACCUGCGCUAUCCCGAGCAGCCAAACACCAUGGAGGAGGCCCUCAGCCUGGGCAGCACCCCCUACGAAACCCUGAACGACGCCUAUCUGGGCAACAAGAACUACAUCGUGGGCUCCAAUCAAUGCCCCAUCAUCGAGUCGAUGGCGGAGCGCUGUCGGGGCGUUGACCUGAUCUCCGGCGACAUUAACCAGGAGCUCUUGCCUCUUUGCGGCGUUCAUCAGAUAUGCUAUCUAUGUGGUGCCUCGCAGGUGGCCUGCGACUAUCAGUAUUUGGCGGAGGCGGACGGCGUUUGCGGCGACAGCAAUGAGUGCCAGUCGGCGGCCCGCUCCAUCCUCAUGAUCCUGCGGGGAUCCCCCGGCCGGCAGCUGGGACCGCGGGAGUGCUUGAAGAACCCCUGCUUGUACAGGGCGAUGCGGGAGAUCGGGCUAUAAGCGGACUAUUGCAGACUGCCGCCCAGCGUUUUCCUAACGUCUUUUUGUGUGCGUUUAAAAAGAAAAACCAAAAUCUAAGUUGAAAUUGAAAUUGAAAAAACCGGUAAUGCAACCCAGAGAGAGAAGAUUAAAA